UCAUGGUUUAAGAGAAGUUGGUGUUAUUGUUUUAGUCGAGCCAAUGAAACGCGAUGGUUAUAAUGGUGUAAUAUGUUUUUGCGUAGGAGCACUCGGCUGGCGGAACCAUUUUGUUUUAUUUACUAUAGCGAAGACAUUAAUAAGAAAAAAAGUGAGGUCAAGUGACAUGUUUUCAAGAGGAGACGCGCUCAACAUCUGAUGUUUAUUUUGCUUCUUGGGAGCCCGAGACCAGUUCCGUCUGAUUUCUGUUUGUUGCCGGCCGCUUAUAUUCGUGUAAAAACGUGGCAAAGCUUACCUAUAGCUUGUACUGAAUCAGAGCCCCGCCAUACUUCAAUUCUUCCCUAAAAAGAUCCCACGAGGACAAAUACUUCCGUGCAAUCAGGAACAAUUCUCUGAUUGUUAUUUUAGCCUUUGGUGAAGUUGUCGUAUCAUUUCUAGCAUGGAAACUUUCUUAACUGGAGCUGGGGAUAAGAUCGACUUCUUUUCAAACCAGAAUGGAUACUCUUUCUCUAAGCUUUCGCGUUUUGCUCAUGGAAAAAAAGUGAAAGAUAAUGAGAGCUUUACGUCGGUUAAGGAAGAAAGUUCAGACAUUUUGGUGUCGGAAGGGAACGGCAGUGGCUCCGAAAUGGACAUUACCGAGGAGUACCCGAGCGAAACUCGAGCGAUAACGAGAAAAGAUUCGACAUUCUGCGUUCCACUGAUUCGCGUCGAGGAUUGGAGCUUUUCAGAAAGUGAUAUGGAAGAUGACUUAGAGGAUUCCCUGCCGCCAUUUAGCUUUGUCGGAACUAAGGAAAAGAAUUCUAUUGAAUUUGGAAAGUGUCGGAGCAGAUCUCGCUCCAUCUAGAGAGAAGCAGUAACCAUCAGCGACGGCAGGUGUUCCUACUUGGAAUUUCUUUAAAUGAAGUCAAUACUACUUACGUAUCAUACAAUUCAGUAGUACUAUAAAAUACAAUUCUUCAUUGGUUAUAGGGCCACACCCUUGUAUCCCCAAAAACCUAGAACCUAUUCUGUUUCAGAUAAUUGAACAAACCAGCAUUUCGUGUCAUAGGGUUCGAUUUUAUUUGUAGAAUUAAACACCGGGUUGAGGGCAUAAAGACGCAUUCUAAUCAGUACCUGUGUCCUGCAAAAGUAUAUAUUUCAUUAUAUUCUAACUCAAUCUAACAUAGUAAUUUAUGACGAGCGUCAGUAUAGAUAACCUUGCUCAGAUCUCUUUUUGGUUAAAUUAAAGUUCAAGAUAAAUAGUACUGGGAAAGUUGAGUGCUGUAAAUCUUUACAAACUGGAAGCAGACGAAAAGAAUUUAACGUUUGCCUGUUGAUGUUUGCCGUUAACAUCAUGCUUCUAUUUCCGUAGUAAUGAAUGUGUUUUUUGUUCCCUAGAGUCAUAACGUGAAAUAUUUUUACGAUGUACGAUGGCAUGUGAAAACCUAGAAUAAACAAAGCCAACAGACUA